CGGCUCCCCAGCAGCAGCAGCGCCCCGCCCACCUCACCUGCCACCGAGGCCCCCUCUCCUACGCCCCCAGAGUAUGUAUGUAACUGCUCUGCGGUUGGAAGUCUGGAUGUGAAUCGCUGCAAUCAGACCACAGGGCAGUGCGAGUGUCACCCAGGUUACCAGGGGCUUCACUGCGAAACGUGCAGGGAAGGCUUUUACUGGAAUCGCACGUCUGGUCUCUGUCUGCCAUGUGACUGUGUUCCCCACGGAGCCCUCAUUGUACUCUGUGACAGUUCUGGGAAAUGCCAGUGCAAAGUGGGCGUCACCGGCUCGAAGUGUGACCGAUGCCAAGAUGGAUAUUAUGGCUUUAGUAGGAAUGGCUGCUUGCCCUGCCGAUGCAAUAAUCGAUCUGCCAGUUGUGAUGCACUCACAGGUACAUGUCUAAACUGCCAGGAAAAUAGCAGAGGGGAUCACUGUGAAGAAUGCAAGGAAGGAUUUUAUCAGAGUCCUGAUGCCACUAAGGAGUGUCUUCGCUGCCCUUGUUCAGCAGUGACAUCUACAGGCAGUUGUAGCAUAAAAUCGGGUGAGUCGGAACCUACAUGUGUCCAGUGUAAAGAGGGUUACACAGGCCCGAACUGCAAUGCAUGUGAAAAUGGCUAUUACAAUUCCGACAGCAUCUGUACAGAGUGCCAAUGUCACGGCCAUGUGGACCGAACUAAAACUCCAAAGAUUUGCAAGCCCGAGAGUGGUGAAUGCAUCAAUUGCCUCCAUAACACCACUGGGUUUUGGUGUGAGAACUGCCUAGAAGGUUACGUUCGAGACCACGAGGGAAAUUGCAUCAAGAAAGAAGUUAUUGUUCCAACACCUGAAGGUUCUACCAUUUUGGUUUCCAAUGCCUCUUUGACCACAUCAGUGCCCACCCCUGUUAUAAAUAGUACAUUUACCCCUACAACCCUGCAGACUAUCUUUUCAGUAAGCUCUUCUGAAAACAGCACUUCAGCUUUAGCUGACGUAUCAUGGACCCAAUUUAACAUCAUCAUUUUGACAGUCAUCAUCAUUGUGGUGGUGCUGCUAAUGGGAUUUGUGGGGGCUGUAUAUAUGUACCGUGAAUACCAAAACCGGAAACUCAAUGCCCCCUUUUGGACCAUCGAGCUGAAAGAAGACAACAUCAGCUUCAGCAGCUACCAUGACAGCAUUCCCAAUGCAGAUGUGUCGGGACUGUUGGAAGAUGAUGGCAAUGAAGUGGCUCCCAAUGGGCAACUGACCCUGACGACGCCCAUGCACAACUACAAAGCCUGAGUCGCUGGCCUGUUAGACCCCAGUGCUUGCUAAGGCACCGUCAGCCCCGGCCAGACCAAGCCUGGAGAGACUUUGCUGAGAAAGCAAAGGCAAGCAGAGCACCUGGAGUUUUCAGGUGCAGAUUCAUAAUGCACUUAGCCUAGCCAUUGCUCUUAGUUUUCCCAUGAAGAUCCGAAGUGUUCACUGUCAUUAAGGACUUGAAGCAAAGUAUAUUUUUGUACCAAAUCACAUGGGAGUAUGAAAGGCUGACCCCCAGAGUACAGCCCAAAGCCACCGGAUUUUUGAUAGACUCCUGGGAACUGUUCACCAAACCAGCGGUAACAAGAAGAUGGGUGCGGAGGAGGAAGAGACUGCUGGAAGACUUCAUCUCCAUUCCUGAGACAUGUUUUUUAAAAGGAGGAUCAGGGACUGAGUUCAUUUUACUGUACUAAAAGACAUCAUUGAGGAAAAGCUGGGGUCUCAGCUGUAUCACCAUAAAUAAUCUUGAUUGUUUCUAGAAUAGGGACAGAAAAGUCCCAAGAAGAAGGGCUUGAUUUUUUUCUCCCAGAAUUCUUGCUCAGUAAGGAGAUUAAAGCAUAGGACAAACUUCUGAUGGUAAAGAGUGACAGGCAGCAGUGGGGAGCAGGAAGCUGAUGGUCCUCCUCAGGGUCUCAGUGUACAUGAUGAGUGUCUAAAAAUACGGAGUAUUCCUGUCUCUAGAGAACUAUGGUGUAUAUAGUUAAUGUAGCAUAUCUGGUCAAUGUUGUAUUUGUAUCUAUUUGUAAAAAAAAAAUCAUGUCAUAUUUUAUCAUCUAGAAUUUAUUUGUACAGCAGUUAAUGGCAUUGUAAAAAGAAAAUAUGGGGAUUGGUUAAAAUACUGUAAAAUAGAUGGCAAUAUUGCUAGAGCUGGGACUCUGGUGAGCAUCAGUCAUUUUUAGUCCCUCUUAGGACAUUGUUGAAAUGUAUAAGAGGUUGAAUGUUUCUGACCUUUCUUUCCUUUCUCAAUCUAAAAGUAGGCUCUUUGACUCACCGUAGGUUCAAGCAAUAGAUUCUGAAGUCAGUUGUUGUUAAGCUGGGACACAGGCGGCAUUCCCCAAAGAACUCACCUAAUUAGACACUCUAUAUAUUUUACAUAGAUGAAUAGAAAACAUCUUCAUGUUAAACAGUGUUUUUCUGGGAUAUAAAAGAUAGUCUUCCAAAAACAAUAGGAAUAUGUUAGUUCCAAAUGAAAAGCUAUUGUAUUACUUGGAAUCCCUAAUUUUCAUGCCUGUGAAAUAUUUAUAGCCCUCAAAAAUAAAAAGCGCCUACACUCAAACGUAGACUAUCACUCAUUUCCCCUGAGGUAGGGGCCAUCUCUCUGCAUUGCUAUCGUUCCCACCUUCUUGUUGGGUUAGAAGGUAGCUCCGCGGCUGGGUGUAUAGAAUUAGUCCUUGCUCUUAGGGUGCAGUUUUGUCCUAGAGGCCAGUUAGUAUUGCUCUCAUCUAUCAUGAUAUUGGCAUAUUGUGGUUUAAGAAAGCCAGGAAAGGUAGCCAGAAGUCAAAUAUAGAUAUUUAAUAGGAGGAACAGCAAACUGUGAAGUGGUUAGAAAAAAAGACAGACUUCUUAUUAGAUUAGGACUAGGGAAUCCAAGUUGACCUCUUGGAUUUCCUCAGAGAAAAACCUGGAUUUGGUCAUCCCUCCAUAGGAGACCCUUAAACUGUUCUCAGGGUUUGGAGAUGAUGUUCUGGAGGAUGUCCAGGCAGAUAGUCUACUCCCAGGAACCUGAGGAUGCUCUGCAUAUUUGCCCAUUGCUCAUAAGAGUAGAGCUUACAUUGUAUCACGUAUAGUAAAAUAACAUUUCUGUAGCCCUUUGUAGUUGGCAAAUCACUUUUUCAUAAGUGUGUUCUUCAUUCUUCACCUUAGCCCCCUAAGGAAGUAGGUGUUGGCCCCAUUUUACAGAGGAGGAGACAGCAGUACAGAGGGGUUACAUGUCUUAUUCAGGGCUAUAGAAUGUGUGUCAUCGUUAGGUGUGGAAUCAGGACUCCUCACCCGGAAGUACAUGCUCUUUCGACUAUAUACUAAUGCAGAAAUGGCCUUCCCAUGGACACGUGAAGGCUAGCAGGAAAAGCCCCAUUUGUAGAUGUUUCUGAUUUUUCCUAAGUACCAGGUGCAACUCGGCUAUGCAGCGAUGAAAGACUGUGAGGAAAGAACACAGAAAGAUGACUAUCUGAAGCCAGUGCUAGUGAUCAGAGAACAAAACUGCCAGUUUGGGCUUCGUUAAAGUGCGUUCGUGUCUCUGAGCAGAAAGGGAAUACUUGCUCUCCCCGGAAGUUGCUGCAUAUGUGUGGUGUGUGGAUUGUGGAAUAUGGCAUAUCUGCCUUUCUCCCUGAUAACCCCCACUGCCCACCACUAAAAAAGUCAGCAUUGAGGAUGCUGAGAAAUAAACACCUGUUAAACAGAAGCUAACCUAAUAAAGAAAGAAGGAGGGUUUGUCGGAGUCUAAAAGUCAAAGCCAGAGUCAAGACUUGGCUAUGUCGAGAUCUCCUGGAACAGACCUUAAAAGGCAUUGCAAAAAUUGAAUCAUGAGGAACAUUUACCUUUAAAUACUUGUUAACAGCUCCUAGAUUAUGCUCUUAAUUUGCCAUAGUAGAAAAAAUAAGAUCUUAACAUUUAUUUAAAAUAAUAUUCUCUAGUUACAUCAGCUAUUUGCUUAUGGGACUAAUUUUACUCUAAAAUAUACAUCAAUCAUGAUGUGAUCUACCCCUGACAUCAGACUCGGAAACUUCUGUGGAAUGCACAGUGUGAUAUUUAUCCUUCUGAGGGCAGGAUCUCCAUGAACUGUGGCCUCCAGCUGCAGGAUCCCUUGGGUCCUUUAGAAAGUCUAACAUUGGGAGAAUUUUUGUCUAAGGAUUAGAAACAUGAGUUUUUGAUUUUUUUAAAGCUUGUUUAUUCCUUCCAUGAACAAAAGAGACAGAGAUAGACAGCACCCCCAUCAAGGUCUUGAUGGUAUGAUCCACCCCCAGCCUCAGCCAGCCCCAGAUCAUGGGCACAUCUCCCAGGCUACUCAGGGAGGCCUCCAGACACACACCUGGAGCCUUUCCAGUGAGUCAGUCUUGCAGAACCUCAUAUCUUACU